AUGGAGAUCACGAAAUCGUUGCGGAAGUUGCUAGAAAGUAUUCCUGGAGUUAGCUCGAUCUUCCUCACAGACCGCGAUGGAGUGAUUGUCUUGAGCGUGGGUGAAGAGUUACGUUCCAGAGCUUCUUUGAUAUCAAGUUUACAAGCGACGCAAGAUCAAACGGGAAAGCUUGUAAUGGAAAAUUACGGUUUUGCUUUUUUUCCUAAACGCAUUGAAAACUUUGAUAUUUUAGGAGCUCAUCAUGCCUCAGCUUUCUUCUACGAAAAUAGUCAACUGAUUAUUUUGAAUGUCCCACCACUGACUGCGUUUGUUGUCGCUUCACCGACAGCAAAUACCGGAAUGCUGCUUAAGUUGCGAGAACAAUUAACACCUCUUGUGCAAGAAGUCGAAGGUGUUGUACCCGAAAUACCAAGCUGUAAGUUGAUCUUUUUUUAAUU